AUACAUUUGAAAAUAAUCAAUUGCCCCUGAUUCUUUUAUGUAAACGUGUCUAAUUCUCAUUUGUCAUCUGCUCAUUUACACGAACCGCCCGCCAGUACUUCUUUGGAGCUUCACCUUUCUCCCUCUUCUUCCAUCUUCACAUUUCAGCUCAAUUUCACACCAGAAAAAAUUCCGCUCAACCGUGAGAGAGAUAGAACACAGAGAAAGAUGAGCGAGCAAGAACUGAAAUUCUCCCAAGAAUUCCAAGAGGAAGACAGCAUCUGCAGGUCCAUGUACCACCUCUCCACCGCGGCCUCCCACCGCCACGGCCACCGCCAUCGACACCGCCACCACCAUCCCAACACCGCCGCCGCUACCUCUGGCGCACCGGAUGCAUACACCACCACUGCAUACGUCAACUCCUCCAAAAGACAGUCCCCGCUGUCCCCGUCGUCCUUUCAAGAGCCGGUUUCCAAGAAGGCCUCCCUCCACUACCCUUCAUCGCCUUCCACCGCGGCCGCCGAAGACGUAACCGCCGUCGCAGAUGAAUGCGACCUCUUCGGGUUCACGAGGCUCCCAUUCCCACACCCUUUCCCCGCCGUCGCCUCUUCGCCUCCUCUCCGCCGUACGGUCUCCGAGCCCAUACACACCGCCGACGACAUCAAUCCUUCAGCUCCGCCGGCGCAAUCGGAAUUUCCCUUUCAAUCAGACCCGUUUUCGAACCCGCCGCAAGAAAACCCUAACCCGAACAACGUUCUUCAAGAUUCGCUUCCUCUUCCAAAUGCCCCGCCAGUUGUCCACCGCACAGUUUCCGAUCCCAGUCCCCUCGCCAACCACCAAGUGGUGGCGGCCGGCGGCACGCCGCCGUAUUCGCGUCGUCCUCCUCUGGCGAGAAAUAAUCAGAGGUCUCCGAGCUGUGCGGAGAGCCCUAGUACUAAAAGACUGAGGAGGAUGAAGGAGCGCCUGAAAGAAAUGAGUCAGUGGUGGAAUCAGGUGGUGCAUGAAGAUGAGGAAGAUGAUGAUGAAUCUGAAAAUGACUUUACUGAAAACAUUCAAAAGGAGGGACCUGAAAAUGAUGAAGUGGAAAAUCCAUCACAAGAAGCUGUUUGGGUCGAAAAGAAAGGAGAAUGCUUGGUCCUCCAUUUCAAGUGUCCGUGUGGAACCGUUUAUCAGAUUUUGCUCUCUGGAAACAACUGCUACUACAAGCUGACACAUUUCUGAUGAAAAUCUAUCCACUCAUUUACGAUUUACCUGCAUACAAUCUUCGCUCGAAAAUUUCCGGUCAAAGUACAUAGCCCUUCUGGCUGCCGACUAUUCCCUUUUUUUUUUUUUGCUAUUUUCUGAUCGAGUACUCGGAAUAAAGACGUCUAAUUAGGUAAUAAUGCAAUGAUCAUUAGACGUGCAUAGUUGGGUUUCAUUUACAUUUGUUGGACAAAGAAUUAUGCUGUGAGAGCCAAAGCUCAAUGCUUUUUCCUGCCUUCUGAUGAGCAAAUUUAAAAAAUUCCCAUUGUGUAGUUUGAUUUGGAUCUGCUUCUUGGUGACAUUGUUUGCACACCGAUUUAAUAUGAUCUAGC